UUGCCAGCAGGCUCGUUGCUUGGAUCUGCAGGUGUUGGGGACGUAAUCUGAUGAUACCUUGCAAUAUGAAGGCUACCUCAGGAAGCAGUGGGGAAGUUUUGCUUCUUGCUCUGCUGCUUUCGGCGGCUUUUUCCUUCAGCCGGUCACAAAUUGAGCGGAAGCCAGAGUAUGCGGAAUAUCAAGACGCGUGGAAGGCUCUGAAGGUGCCGGGCAAAUACUACCUCUACAUGAGGUCAUAUGAGUACGAGCCUUAUUACAAGGAAAGAAAAUGCGUUUACAACGAACUCAUUUCCGUCAACGAAGAAGAACAGUACACCGUCAACGACGUUGGAGAUAUCGAUCCCAUUACUCGGGCAAAGAGCAACCGAACAGCAUAUGCGUGGGUUCGAGCGACUGACGGAUAUCCCAUUCCUGACGUCAUCCAGACUUCCACUUCAGCCACGCGAGAUAAACUUGUGGAGUAUCCCGUCGCCUUCACGGAGUACAAGAACUGUGAAAUCCUGAGGGUUCCACACCGAGGUAACGGCUGCGAACUAUGGGCCAAAGCGGAAGAAGUACACAAAAUUGAGUCACUUUGUUUCUUUGCAUUCCACUUACUUUGUGGACCAGGGAAGUACAUGGUUUACGACGAAGAUCUGUGUGGAGGAGAAUAAAUAUCCUUUUGAUAGAUGA